AUGGAAUCUGAGGAAGGCGGUGACGGUGUGAAUUAUAGUGGGAAUUUUGUCACCGAUACGUUUUUUCCUACAUUUGACGAUGAUGUUACAUGGGCUGAUGGUGUUUCCAUAAAAUUGGGAUUUAUAUUGGUGAAAUCGUCUUAUAACAAAACCAGAGAUGGUCGGCCGUAUCGGUAUUUGCGAUGUGAUCGGUCACGAAGGAGCAAGCCGAGAGAUUUGGAGAACGCGAUACGGAAGGACACCAAAACCAAAGCUAAUGGUUGUCCAUUCUACAUCAAGAUAUAUUAUGAUGUCUGCACCGAAAGUUGGAAAAUCAUUGCGAAAAAUGAUCACACCGGGACACAUAACCACCCAAUGAUUGUGUACCCAGAGGGUCACCGUAAAGUGAGCGGAUUGAGUCUGGGUGCAAAACAGGUUGUGCGGGACAUGACAAAGUCCAAGGUUGCUCCCCGUAACAUCAUGUCCACUAUUGCCGAGCAAUUUCCUGAUGAUCAUCCAAACAUCCGACACAUUUACAAUUGCCGAAAUGACUUCAGGAUGGAAAUGUCCGAAGGAAGAGGAGUUGUUCAGCAAUUUCUUCAUCUGGCGAGAGAGAGUAAAUACAUUUACUGGUUCACGAACGAUGAUCACAACGUUUUGCAACAUGCAUUUAUGGUGCACCCGAUCAUGGUUAACAUACUCCGCACAUACCCACAUGUCAUAGGUAUGGAUUCUACUUACAAGACCAAUCGAUAUAACAUGCCUUUCUUUGAGAUAGUAGGCGUGACACCGACAAACCAGAAUUUUCUAGUUGGAUAUGUUUUCAUGCGCGACGAGUGCACGACUAGCUAUCGGUGGGUGUUGCAGAGAUUAAGGGAGUUGAUUGGGUUUGAUAAAGAGCCAUCUGUAUUUAUUUCAGACCGUGAUCUUGGGCUAUGUGCGGCUUUGAGAGAAGUCUUUCCAGGGACGUCACAUUUACUCUGUCUAUGGCACAUCAACAGAGAUGUAGAGGCUAAGGUGACGAAGAUGUUUGGAAACAAGACGGUUGGUGUCAGUUUUAGAGCUGGGAGAUGGUUCAAAAUCGUGAAUGCAACAACACAAGCGGAGUAUGAUCGUGCUCUAACUGCCAUGCAAGUGAGGUGGGGAAAAUAUCCGGAAGUGAUUCAGUAUGUUCAGAGAACUUGGCUUUGUCAUAAGGAGAAAUUUGUGAAAUUUUGGACGAACCAGGUUCUUCAUUUUGGUAACACCACCAACUGCAGAGUUGAGAGCCAACAUUCAGCAGUGAAAACUUGGUUAGAAUCAUCCACAGGUGAUUUGGAUACCGUAUGGGCCCGAGUCCAUUGUCAUAUCGGUAAUCGCAUCAUACAAAUUCGUAAUGACUUGGAGGCAUCAAGGUCUAAAAUUGGUCAGAUGUACAGACAGUUGCCACUGUCACGUAUAAAUGGCAAAGUGUAUCAACAUUGCUUGAAAGUUCUGGAUAACGAGAUGAAAAGGAUGCGGGAUUUGAGUUACCAGGUCCAUGAACGGUGUGGAUGUGCUAUGCGUCUGACCCAUGGUCUUCCAUGUGCUUGCCAGAUUCAUGAUUCGAUAGUUGCACAGACAGGAUUGUAUAGCAUCCAAAUUCAUUCUUUCUGGAAGAUAUUGGUUAUUGGUGAUGGUGUUAACGUUCCUGAAGUGGUAAAUGAUUCGACCGAGGAGGCUGCACAUUUUCGGUCCCUAAUCGACGAAGUCAUGGAAAGUGACCCGGCCGUACGUCGAAAUGUAACGCGAAUCAUUGAAGAGGAGCUACAUCCAGAUCAUUCACACCUUGAAUAA